CGUACUACUGUGGGCCAUUGGUGCGUAGAGAGAGAGAGAGUGAGAGGAGGGAGGGGAGAAGGUGGUGACGGCUCUGCUCCUCUGUAAACUUGCUAUACUGCUAUGUGCUAUCACCAGGGAAGGCUUCCCGAACAACGGUCAUCGACUCUAAAAUGUACAGUAAAGUACUCCUGAAUCUUCCUUCACCUGCGCGUUUUCGCUUGGUCUUCGUACAUUUGGACUUGCACUGAAGACAGAGAAAAUCCAUGGGGAUAUUGGAUAGCCUUUUCGGGCUACACAUUGGGAUUAUACAUUGAAUUGGGUGGACAUUUUUCGCAAACACUUCGCAUUUUUGAAGAAACGACCUCUGCUCUGCCAUAUCUUCACGACAUUGAAAGUGACGUAUCUGGUUACAAGUUGGGGCCUUGGUCUCCGGAGCUCCAGACAUGGCAGACCAGAAUGAAACAUUUGGACUGCAAAAUUCGCCCAGCCGGUCAGAGUCAAAGGAAUUACACACUGAGAGUAAAGCAGAGAAGCAAAAUGGAACUUCGAGCAAAUCUCCAUCCUCCCAGACGACAUAUAUUCAACAGGGAAUGGAGGGGAUAAAAGUGUACCUCCACGAGAGGGAACUGUGGGCGAAGUUUCACGAGGUGGGGACUGAGAUGAUCAUCACCAAAGCGGGAAGGCGAAUGUUUCCCAGCUUCAAAGUGAAGGUCACUGGAUUGAACCCUAAAACGAAAUACAUACUCCUGAUGGAUGUCGUGCCUGCGGACGACCAUCGCUACAAAUUCGCUGAUAAUAAAUGGUCCGUGACCGGGAAGGCCGAACCUGCCAUGCCCGGGAGGCUCUACGUUCACCCGGACUCUCCUGCGACGGGAGCGCAUUGGAUGAGGCAGCUUGUCUCUUUCCAGAAGCUGAAACUGACGAAUAAUCACCUGGAUCCUUUUGGACACAUUAUCCUCAACUCCAUGCAUAAAUACCAACCCAGGAUUCACAUCGUGAAAGCGGAUGAAAAUAAUGGCUUUGGCUCCAAAAACACGGCGUUCUGUACCCACGUAUUCCCCGAGACUGCCUUCAUUGCGGUAACAUCUUACCAGAACCAUAAGAUAACCCAACUUAAGAUAGAGAACAACCCGUUUGCCAAAGGCUUCCGUGGGAGUGAUGACAUGGAGCUCCACCGGAUGUCCAGAAUGCAAAGCACUAAGGAAUACCCAGUGGUACCUCGCAGUACGGUGCGCCAGAGGGUGGGCACCGGCCAGAGCCCGUUCAGUGGGGAGGUGCAGGUUAUGGUCACCCCCAGUGGCCUGGCCUCCCAGUACACCCAGUGUGAGAAUGGGGUCACCAGCACCUCACAGGACCUCCUGCCCCAGUCUGGCUGUUACCCCCUCCCCCACGAGCACAGCCAGGACUACCAUUGCAUCAAGAGGAAAGUGGACGAUGACUGUCACUCAGGAGAGCACACCUACAAGAAGGCUUACCUGGAGAGCUCCUCCAGCGAGGACGACCAUUACUACCGUCCCGUCAGCUACCCACAGAGCCUGGGCCUGCCCGGGGGGCCCUACAGGACCGAGUCUGGCCAGAGGCAGGCCUGUAUGUACGCCAGCGCCUCCCAAGGGGCUGAGCCCGUCCCCAGCCUGGAGGACAUCAGCUGCAACACCUGGGCCGGUGUUUCGCCCUAUGGCAGCUGCUCAGUCACCUCCAUGCAACCAAUGGAGCGGCUGCCCUACCAGCACUUCUCCGCCCACUUUACCUCGGGGCCCCUGGUGUCCAGACUGAGCGGGGUGGCAAGCCACGCCUCCACGCAGCUGGGCGAAGCCCACCACGCCAUGUACCAGGGCCCCAUGGCCCACCAGACACUGGGCCGCCAGUGUAGCCCUGGGGCAGGCAUCCAGUCGCCCACCGCAGGUCUCCAAGGCAACGAGUACCUGUACUCGCACGGGAUCCCACGCACGCUGUCGCCUCAUCAGUACCACACAGUGCACAGCGUCAGCAUCAUGCCAGAGUGGAAUGAGAGCAGCUAAAAUAACUUUCUUCAUAGGAAAGGAUGGAGAAGUUGGAUUAAAAAAAGGGCCUUGAUAAGGUUGGACUUUAGAUAAAUCUAUAUUUAUAUUUUUGAAGCAGUACAGUACGGCAGUGCAGUCUCGUGAGAUUAAUAAGGCAUGACCGCCUAGAGCAUUGGACUUUGGUGCUCAGAGGAACUGCGUGACUGCCUUUGCAGUUGACUUCUUACUGCGCCUAAAGGCAAACAUCAUGAGGAUGGGCAAAACAAGGUGGAGAAAAGCAUUGGCCAUGAAGUUAAGGAAACUUAUAAGGAAACUAAACAAGUUUAAAACACGAUGCUUUUGCAUGAGGAACAGAAGCACAGAAGUGGCUUCAUCGAGAGACCCCUAUUUUAAAACUGUUCUGUUUUGAUAGUGUAUUUUACAUAUUGGUGUUGCAUUAUCAAUGUUUUUUUUCUGCUGCCAAUAGACAGCUCCUUUACCUUUAUCCUGUAGAUUUGUCGAUUUAACAUUUUGUGAAAAAAAAACACCCCCCGGUUUUCAUUUUAUUUGGGUUUUUUGUUGUGAACUGCUUACCUUCUAUAUUGAACAAAAAUAAACGCAACAUGCAACAAUUUCAAUGAAUAUACUGAGUUACAGUUCAUAAAAGGAAAUCAGUCAACUGAAAUAAAUUCAUUAGGCGCAAAUCUAUGGAUUUCACAUGACUGGGCAGGGGAGCAACCAUGUUGGGAGGGCAUAGACCCACCCACUGGAGAGCGAGGCCCAGCAAAUCAGAAUAUGUUGUUACCCGCAAAAGGGAUUUAUUACACAUAGAAAUACUCCUCAGUUUCAUCAGCUGUUCAGGUGGCUGGUCUCAGACAAUCUCGCAGGUGAAGAAGCCGGAUGUGGAGGUCCUGGGCUGGCAUGGUUACCCAUGGUCUGCGGUUGUGAGGCCGGUUGGAUGUACUGCCAAAUUCUCUAAAACAACUUGAUGUGGCUUAUGGUAGAGAAAUGAACAAUUAAUUCACUGGCAACAGCGCUGGUGGAAUUUCCUGUAGUCAGCAUGCCAAUUGCACGCUCCCUCAAAACUUGAGACAUCUGUGUUAUUUUGUGUUAUGACAAAACUGCACAUUUUAGAGUGGCCUUUAAUUGUCCCCAGCACAAGAUGCACCUGUGUAAUGAUCAUGCUGUUUAAUCUGCUUCUUGAUAUGCAACACCUAUCAGGUGGAUGGAUUAUCUUGGCAAAGGAGAAAUGCUCACUAACAGGAAUGUAAACAAAUUUGUGCACACAUUUUGAGAGAAACACACUUUUUGUGCGUAUGAAACAUUUCUAGGAUCUUUUAUUUCAGCUCAUGAAACACUUUACAUGUUGCAUUUAUAUUUUGUUCAGUAUAAAACCGUUCUACAGACAUUCAGAGGAUAUGAUUAUUUUUUGUGGCUCUUUUGAAAAAAGUACUCGUUGAAUUAAUGGGUGAUUUGUCAAUCAACAUUUCUAAGGGUAGAAAACAUACUAGAUACUUACAAAAAACAUUGCAUUGGUCUGCAUUAGUUUGAAUACUAUAGCAGAAAAAAAUUGUCCUUAGAUACAAGUGUGUAUACUGGUGAAGUCAUAUGCAAGUGACAGUAUGUACUGUAGAGGAAGUGUGUAUUGAUAUCCUCUCUAACCCUGGCAUGUAGCAACACACACUUUGACAUGGAAACAGUUUGUUAUUUGCAGUAAGUCCAGGAACAGUGUGUGAAAAAUGGACCCAGUAUUCGCCUGCAACAACCCGCAUGAAAAAAUACUAUAGUAUAUUAUGGCAUGAAUACUAAAAAUAUUCACUAAUGUUUUUGCCAACUUCACUGUAGUAUAGUGUAGUAUUUACAGUUAACUACAGUAUAAAUACUGCAGUAAAAUAACUAGUGUAUAUACUAUAGUAAUUAAUGUAGUGUUUUUGCAGAUUGUAGUAUACUGUAGUAUUUACUGUAGUAUUUACUAUAGUGUUUUUCUUUUAUUAUCUUUGACAUAGAAAUGGAGGAUUUUUCCAAGAGUAAACCAACUAGAGAAAUAUUAAAAGGCCACAUUUUCCACAACCUGUAGGUACGACUGGGGUCUGAACGGAUAGUUCAGAGGUCCUGCUCUUCUCUAUAACCUGAAGGGAACACAUUAUAUGGUCUAUACUUGGAAUGUAGGUUUCUCACUUAUGGGUGGCACAAAUUGGGAUAUGGGGAGGGGAAUGGGAAGGGUAUAUGCAAUUAAAUACUUUAGUAUUUACUAUAGUAUUAUACACUAUGCUACAAAAUUCUACAGUAAAUACUACACAUGAUCGAGGGAUACUACAGUGUCUAGUAUAGUAUUCUACAGUAUACUACAACAUUCUAUAGUAAGUACUACUCAUGAUCGUGGGAUACUACAGUGUAGUAUAGUAUUCUACAGUAUACUACAGUUUACUGCAGAAUUAUAUAGUUAGUACUGUAGUAUUCUAUAGUAAACUGUAGUAUUUUGUAAUGUGGAGAAAGCUAAGGAACAAGAAACCUUCUCAAAUAGCAGGUAUAGUUCUCAUUCAGACACUGCCCUUAUAAUAGAUUGAAGCCAGCAUUGCUGAAAAGGUGAUUGCAUAUUAAAAAAACUUAUUUUAUCCUAUUUUUAUUAGUUGACUUAUUUUCCAUGUUGUACCGGGCAAAUGUGUUGUUUAUCAAUAUUUUCAUUUAUGCUUCGACAAUUGGCACUUCUCCCAUGACUACAGUCAUAAACUCAAACUGAGCAAACAACAAAGAUAUGUAUGGUAUAUAUGAUGCAUUUAACAUUGUGGAAUGUAAAGGACGAGAGGCACAGAUUAUUAAUGACAAACAAUGAUAAUAUAAAAGCAUGGUCACUGCAGAGAUUAUACACGAUCUAAACAUGCACAUCAAUACAUACAUUCUGCCAAUAUAUGGAAGUUAUGGUAUAUGUUAAAGGUGAGUUUGACGAAUGUACAAAGACUUAUUUUUGAAUUACUUGCAGUCGAUAGAAUGCUACUUGUCAAUAGUAUUUAUUUUUUUCCCAUAUUCUAAAUCAACUUGCUCCUGUGGUAUCAAAAGUUAAACGUGUUAUUCGGUCCUGUUCUUUUUGUUACUUUGUUAUUUAGGCUCCAUUUAUUUUCUUUUUUAAUCAUACUGCUUUAGAAAUCAGGACAUUAAUUUAGUUGUCAAAAGUCUAAGAGAGAGAGAGAGAGAUGGAUUACGUUGUUGUAAAUAAACACACAUGUAAAUAGAAUAAAGAAUACUUGCAAUACA